AUGAAUGGGACUUCCGACGAACAAGAGGCGUUGACGCCUGCGGCGCUGACGCACCGUGUCGAAGCAAGACGCGAGGCCUUGCUGAGGUCCAGGCAAGCGGAGCUAGAGAGGAUCGUGGACAGACAUGACGAUUUAGUUAGGGAGCAGUUUCAGUUGGAGCGAUUUCGCUCGUUGUUGUCAUAUAACCCAAACGAGGCCAAAUUGGAUAAAUCCACUGUAUUCGAAACCUACAGACACCAGUAUGAUCUUAUGCAACACCUAUCGACUUCGGAGGGACCCUCGCGCAGAACAAGACGGGGUAGGAAUGAGUUGGUUGACUCCCUGAAAGGCGCACCUACGACAUCUGUCGUUAAAUCCGUGAACAAGAAGGCGAAGAAGAAAGAUCUUCCGCCUGGAAAUGACGUUUGGUCUAUUCUACAUGGCAACAAAACCAAGGACAAAAGAGUUAUAAAACGUCCAGAGCUUCGACCUGCCGAAGAGGAGGGCCCGUUCUCAUCCAUAUCUGCGACUCACGCCCAAAACAGUGCUCAAACCGACCCAGUAUCGCCAAGGCUACCUUCGAUUUCGGCGCCUCCGCUGAAGCGCUUCCGUGAUGAUAGCAUGCAAGGAGUACCCUUUACGACGUCCCCUCGCAAGAAGCGUCGGGUCGGAGUUGCCACCUCUGUUCCUAUUGAUAUCGAUCCCGAGAUGUCUACCCCCGCGGGACAGGAAACGAGUUUAACGAGGAGGUCCGGGAGACUUCGCCGCCCAGACCCUCCAGGCCUGAACGGGCAUGCUCCCAAUUCUCGUACACCUGCUAAAGGGACGGCACGGUUCAGCGUCAAGCGUAUUAAGCUAAUCGUUCGACCACCACCGCCUCCCUUAACCCAUCCCUCCCAGACUCUUCCACAGCCUGUCCACAGCGGAUCGCUACAGUCGCUACUGACUUCCUACGUCCGAAUUGACGACAAGGACCUGACGCCUACCCAGCUAUCUGAUAUGGCCAAGAAGGAUGCGAUGCUUCGCACAAGGCUAGCUCGGCUUCAGGCAAAGGGACUUUCCAGGCAUCUCGAACUCAGACUACGCCUGCUUCGCGAGGGAUCCAGAAUUGAACUGACCAGUACCCCGUCUCCACAAGUACGACAUAGCCCGAACAUAUGGGACGAGCUUGUUGAUGAUGCUGUGGCUCUCUCCCGAGAUCUUGUCGGCCGGGGAAGACUCAUUUCCGCACAGUGUGCGGCUAUCGUGCGAAAUUACUGGGACGCGCAGGAGGCAAAGGAAGAGAGAGCGAAAGCGGCGGAGGAGAGACGUCUGAGAGCGUUGGCGAAAGCAACGAUCCGACUUGUGGCCAAUGAAUGGAGAAAGGUUGUCUUUCAUCUGCGUGACAAGGAACGCCAGAAGGAGGAGGAGGAGGAGCGCAAGCGGGGACGUGAGCACCUCAGCGCCUUACUGGAUCAAUCGGGCCAAAUUCUUGAAGCCCAACAAGUGGAGUUGGCGAGGGAUCGGCUGAGCCGCAGCAUGUCCUCAGACACGGCAGGAGGACCAGAAGACACCGAAGAUGAAGACGAAGACGAAGACGAAGACGAAGACGAAGACGAAGACGAAGACGAAGAUGAAGACGAAGAUGACACGCAGGAGCAUGUCAUAGCAGACGCUAAGCCAGGUGGAGGCGAAGGCAGCGGUGUCGACGACACGCGCACAACACCGGAGAGAAGCGAACCAGAUGAACUCGACAUGCUACAUGGACGGGGUAGUUCUCGUAGGUCCUCCCGACUUGGCAGUCCAGACGCUCUUGGUGGUGCCGACCAGUACGUUAACGAAGAGAUGCGCACAACGACGGAAAGAAGUGAGCCGGAUGAGCUCGACAUGUUGCGUGCACAGCGUGGUUCUCGUGGUUCUUCUCGGCGCGGCAGUCCAGCAGGUCUAGGUGUCGACCGUCACAUUGACGAACUCAAAGUUACUACCUUUGAUCUCGCACAGGCCGCUUCACCUCGCGAUUCUGUUGCGCGGGCCCUGCGCGGAGAGGACGAGGGCUCUGCACAGUCGGACUUGGACGUAUCUCAUCAACUUGAGCGCGAUCCGUUUCGCGAUCUCACCCUUCCACGACAACACUCUGCUUCCUCCUCCGCGAUACCCCCGCUAUCGUCAUCGUCAUCAUCAUCAUCAUCACCUCCUCCUCUGUACUCUGCGGAAACCCCGAUCACGCACGCACUAUCGAUCAACGGGGACAUGAACACGGCGGAUCUCCCGCUUGCCGUCGACAGGCUAUCCGAAGGCUCAGACGUUCCAGACUUUGGUGUAUCCACCACGUCUCUCAUAUCCGAGAAGGAACCCGCGGGUUACGCGGAAAACAUACAUGUUCAUGUGCGAACAAAAUCAUCCAUUUCAACGGGCCCCGUGACAACCAAUGAGCCAGUCGAGUCUUCUGCGCAACCGAUCGCACAUGAGAAGAAAAAAGAACGCAAGGCAGCGGAUGUCUUCGGCACUCCAGAACCCGUGCUCCAGACGGGGCAGGAUUUGCCCGCUGAAGACGAACCUUCUAGCAGUCGUGACCGGACCGUUCCCCUUGUACCGGAGUCGGUCGUCACGGAUACGGAAGUUGAGGACGAUGGCGACACAUGUGAUGAUGAUCAUGACAUUCCAUCCUAUCUUCAACCCUUCUCUGUAGCACCUGUCUCAUGGGAUCCACAAACCAAAGUCAUGCCACCGCUUUUGCUCCGCGGCACGUUACGUCCGUACCAACAUACUGGGCUAGAAUGGCUGGCAAGCUUACAUACUAAUAACACAAAUGGUAUCCUGGCGGAUGAGAUGGGGCUAGGCAAGACGAUUCAAACAAUAUCGCUCCUCGCACACCUUGCCUGUGAUCGAGGCAUUUGGGGGCCGCACCUUAUCAUCGUGCCCACGAGCGUCCUGUUGAACUGGGAAAUGGAGUUCAAAAAGUUCCUGCCCGGUUUUAGAAUCAUCAGUUAUCAUGGAAAUUCGAAGCGUAGGAAAGAAUUGCGACAAGGAUGGAGCAACAAACAUCAUUUCAACGUUUGCAUUACCUCCUACACGCUGGCAAGCCGAGACGCACAUAUAUUUCGACGCAAACCAUGGUACUAUAUGAUCCUCGACGAGGCUCACAUGAUCAAGAACUUCAAAUCACAACGGUGGAACACUUUGCUUAUGUUCCGAUCUUUCCGUCGUCUUCUCCUUACCGGCACCCCCCUGCAAAACAAUUUGACCGAACUCUGGGCUCUUCUGCAGUUUCUUAUGUCAGGUACUGACUUCGCCAACCUCAAAGAAUUCGGGGAAUGGUUCUCGAACCCACUGGAGAAGGCGAUCGAGCGGGGACAAACCCUCGACGAAGAGACGCAGCAGCGUGUUUCCAAACUGCAUGCCGUCUUGCGGCCUUACCUCCUUCGUCGCCUCAAGCGUGACGUCGAAAAGGAACUCCCAAGGAAGUACGAACAUCUCGUCUUCUGUCCCUUGUCCAAGCGUCAGCGCUUCCUAUACGACGAAUUUAUGUCUCGGCGGGAAACGCGGGCGGACCUUACCUCCGGAGUUUACUUGAAGGUUGCGAAUAUUCUUAUGCAGCUCCGCAAGGUGUGCAACCACCCCGAUCUAUUUGAGGUUCGACCAAUAGUGACCUCCUUCGCAAUGCAACGAUCUGCCAUCGCGGACUACGAGACGAAGGAGUUACUGCUUCGCCGUCGUUUCUUGCAGGAAAGCGAUACUUUGGACUGUGAUCUGCUUGGCCUUCGGUUCGCAUACAGGCAGGAUACCUCCGAGAUCACUGCAAUUCAAACUCGGAUACUGGACGCAUCGCCGCAACUUGCCUUCCAUACGACGCCUUUGGGAGAACCCCCGCCGCGCGACACUAGAACGAUUGCCGGCUUCCGCAGGUGGCGUGAAUACCAACAGCGAGCGGCAUCCAUCGCACGAUGGCAGCACAUUGCCUACCUCAAUCAGCUCCGAUGCUCAUACGUUCCUGUCUACAGCACAGAGCUGAUAACCCAAGUCCGCCGUCUUUGCACUCCUCUUCUCCCUCUCACGGCGGUCAAUGUAAGGGUGUACUCUGAUACUACUACCCUUAUCAAUGCUGCCGUCAAAUCCUGGUCACAACGUAGCGCAGACGUAACUUGGAUCGUGAACAAGUUCGCGUUCGUAACUCCUGCUGUUGUAGCCCUGGACCUCCCUCGUAUAGCGCUGGCCGGAUUAGGUCACUUCGUCGGAGACUCGGCGCAGUACGAUCCUACCUUCGACGCGCCACUCCAUCAGGCCGCCGUCAAGCUCCAAGUUGCGUUUCCCGAUCCCUCGCUGUUGCAAUACGAUUGCGGCAAGCUACAGAAGUUGCACGAUCUACUGAAGGAGAGAAAAACCGGAGGCCAUCGAGUUCUGAUAUUCACUCAAAUGACCAGGAUACUGGAUAUCCUCGAGCUUUUCCUCAACCUACACGGGUAUCUCUAUCUGCGUCUUGAUGGCGCGACGAAGAUUGAGGAUCGCCAGUACAUCACGGAGCGUUUCAACUCUGAUCCGAGGAUAUUUUGCUUCAUCUCGUCCUCUCGCUCGGGAGGAGUGGGCAUUAACUUGACCGGUGCAGACACAGUAGUAUUCUACGACAGUGACUUCAAUCCUCAGAUGGAUCGCCAAUGCGAGGAUCGCGCGCAUCGGAUCGGUCAAAUUCGCGAUGUUCAUAUCUACCGCUUCGUCUCUCAACACACGGUCGAAGAAGCCUUACUGCGCAAAGCGAAUCAGAAGAGACAUUUGGAUGAUAUGGUGAUCCAAAAGGGUGGAUUUGACUGGCGAUCCCUUUUCAAGGAUGAAGCCGACUCGGCAUUAACCAAGGCUUUGGGUGCAUUCGAGGACCAGGAGGAUGCGCACGCCGCUGCCGUUGCUACAAACGAGGCCAACAUGCUCGAAGGCGCAGAUGAGGCUGACUUCGAAGAUGCGGCGAAUGGGCAGCCGUCGAACCAUAGGGCUCAACCGCAGGGGACUGACAAUGUAUAUGAGGUCGAUGAAGCAGAUGCGGAGACCGACGCAGAGGACGAGGGUGGCACUGUAUUGGAGUAUAUGCUGGACUUCGUGCAGCGCGACUGGGGGUUCUUCCAAGACUGGCGGGUUUAGGGCGAUGAAAC